AAAAACCAUCGCAAUACAUAUUAAAAUGAAACGAACUUCAAUACAAUAAAGUGUAUAAGUGUAUCAGCUUAUGCUAAUUUCAUGCGAUAUAUUGAAUCAUAGUUUGCAAAUUACGACAAUUGUACGUAAGUCAUGUUGACUUGAAAUGUACAUACGAGAAUCAAGUAUCAUAUUUCGAAGUGGUCGGUAAAUUCAGGAAGCAUGAGAAACGCGAAUUCUCGAAAAGGCGAUCCAGUAUAAAACAUCAUGCGAUUGGCACUUUGCACAGCUCAAUUACCACUGGGCAUUCUACUCGCAUUGCAAAUUUUCAGCCAGCACAAGGUUUUGGCAGAAGGUGAAGAAUGUAACAAGGCUGGCGAACAAAACAACGCGCCCGGGGUGUGCAUCAACGUGAGAAUCUGUCAGCCUUACUUGCAAAGCCUUCUACAGGAAGGACGUGCGGCGAGUCGCUUCCUGCGCAACACCCUCUGUUAUUUCAAUGACGGUGAAGUGAUCGUGUGCUGCCCCCUGAAUGCCCCCUCGCCAACUCUGCCAACGACCCCGCUGCCCGCCACUUCGCCAGGCCACAACUCCAGCUUCGGACCACUGUACGCUCCGGAGUGUGGCUUCAGUGACAACGCCUUCAGUCGCGUGGUCGGUGGUGCACCAGCCGAAUUGCACGCAUGGCCGUGGAUGACCGCUCUGGGCUACAGGAUCAAAUUCGGACCGAAAAAAAUCCACUUUGGGUGCGGAGGCAGUUUAAUCUCCAAGCAGCAUGUUCUCACCGCUGCCCACUGCGUCUUUAAUCGCAAUAACCUGUAUAUCGCGCGUCUCGGCGAUCACAAUCUCGACGAUAGCGUCGACGAUGGUGCGAAUCCCAUCGACAUACCCAUUCGGAGGGCAGUCAUCCAUCCUGGUUACAGCGCCGUCAACCAAGCCAACGACAUUGCCGUGCUCAAGCUGCGUCGGCCAGUCACAUUCACAAGAGCCAUUCAUCCAAUUUGUCUACCAUUUCCGUCUGAAGUAAAAAAUAGGAAUUACGUUGGAAACUUUCCGUUCGUUGCUGGUUGGGGCGCGCUCAUAUUCAUUAAAAAUAUAAAUGAAGGAAGUGAUAUUUUGAUGCAAGUUCAGCUGCCUGUAGUGUCGCAAGAAACUUGCGCUAAGAGAUACACGUCACACCCAGAAUAUAUUAUUGACAAAAAAGUUAUUUGCGCUGGUUAUACCACUGGCGGUAAAGAUUCCUGCGUAGGUGACAGUGGCGGAGCUUUAAUGUUUCCAAAGGGUCACACUUUCUAUGCUAUCGGUAUAGUGUCCUAUAGUAUUGAAUGCGGCUUACCUGGAACUCCAGGUGUCUACACCCGAGUUACGGAAUUCUUGGACUUCAUUUUGGAAAAUAUGAAUUAAAUCAACAAUAUCGUCGAUUAUUUUCAAUAAUCCAUGUAAAUUAUUGUACAGUCAAUCAGACAACAUAAUUAUUUAUGUUGUUUUCAUAGAUUUUGAGUUGCAUAUUCCGCCAAACAUUCUAUAAUUUAAACCUAAAUAUCCAUUACAUUGUAGUCUUCUGCAAAAUAUUUAUUUAAAGAUUUUACGUUACGCUUACCUUUCAAUAAUCUUACAUUUUAUAUAUUUUUAAAGUACAUUAAAAUAUGUCUUAUGAAUAAUCUUUUUCUUUUAUUAAUUGAUAAAAAUCAUACCUUGAAGCCGUUUUCUCAGGAUCAAAAAUAAAUUUUUAUUUGAAGAAAUAUCUUACAUUCUAAUAAACAUAAUUGUUUAUUUAUAAAGCACGAUUUACUGAAAAACUUAAGAAAUUAAUAGACUACGCUAAAUUUAAGCCUAAAAUAUCUGAAGGAAAUAUCAUUGAAACUUUAAAAAAAUUGAGAAUGACCUUCGAACAAUUUUAUGCGUGGAAAAAGCGCUGUACGCGUUCUACUCGCUAAUAAGAUAACAAUAUUAUUGAUAGAUUGAAACGAAAAAACUUAAAUAUAUUCCCCAUAGCCUCAUAGUAUUUUCUAAAAAUUGACAUAUAUUUAUAUUUAUUCAGCAAAAAUUAAAAUCUUUUUGUUGAGAAAUGCGUAACUUCCAUGGAAAAACUUACAAAUUGUCGAAAAUGAAUAUUAUUUCAGUAUGUACUACGUUGUUUUUAAAGAUGUAGAAAUUUAUGUAUCAAAUUUUAGAAUUAGAUUAAAAUUUUGUUAAAAAGCCAUGGCGCGUUCGUUGUUACGCUCUUUCCUGAAAUAGCUCAUAAUAUUUUCUUAUAUGAAUAUUAACAUCUAAAAUUUGAUAUAUAAAUAUUUAGGAUCUUUAUAAACAAUGAAGUACUGGAAAAACUUUUAUUUUGAACUAUUCACAACAGUUUUUCCAUCAAAGUUACGCAUUUCUCAACUAUUGACCUUUUGAUUUUUGCUAAAUAAAUAAAAAUAAAUAUCCAUCUUUGGAAAAUACUAUGAGCAAUAUACUUAAAUUUUUCGUUUCAAUCUAUCAAUAAUUAUUCUCUUACAAGCGAGUAGAACGCGUUCAAUGUUUUUUUCUACACGUAAAAGUUGAGUUAUUUGUAAAACCCUUACAUCCGAAAGAACAUCCUUAAUAACGAAUAAAAAUUGAGCUAUUCAUUUAUUGGAAACAUUUUUUGAUGUAUGGAUUUAUGACGUAUUCUGUGUGAAAAAAAGCAACAGUACAUACUUUCAAGUGCAAUGGGUUGCUGAUUCUUCUUAUAUCUACUCCUGUUAUUGCCUGGAAUUAUGGUUUUGACUUUUUUUUUAAUUUUGAUAAUAAAAAUACUGUAUA